AUGAUGACUCAUUUCAAAAAUCAUCUUGAUUUACUCCAAUUUUUCACAAUCUUUUUCAACAGCGAUCGUCUGAGGCCACUUUCUUAUCCAGGAGCUAAUGUCAUUAUCAUUUGUAUAAGCGUUGUCGAUCCAAAACCUUUUGAAAAUGUCAGAACCAGAUGGUUGCCAGAAGUCACACAUCAUUGUCCACAUGUUCCCAUUGUUUUGGCAGCUACAAAAACAGAUCUUCGUGAAGAUCAAGCUUCAUUGAAACUUCUUCAACAACGAAAUUGCAAACCUGUCACUUCUCAAGAAAUUGAACAAUUUGCCAAAGAAAUUAAGGCAUUCUCCUUUCAAGAAUGUUCAAGUAAAUUGAACAGCGGAAUUAAGGAACUUUUUGAAAAGUGUAUGCAAGCAGUAUUAUUUCCAAAUGAAGGAAAAGAAGGAUCUAAAAAACAAGAGGAUUCAAAGAAGAAGAAGGAUUGCUUAAUGAUGUAA